CUGAGGUUCAGGCAAAUGCAGCAGAAACAUUAUGUGCAAUUACAAAACAUCACGUACGGGGUGGAAUCCACCCGGUGGAUAUGUUGGACAUAUUACAAGACUAUGUAAUAAACUUGUCCAGCUGAGUGAUAGCAGUGCCCUGUUGAUUAAGGCAUCUCUUCAGGUUAGUAUUACAAUCUUCUGUAGAGUACAAAUUAGAUCCAUCAACUGCAGGCAUAGAGGCUUGUUGCUCUGACGAGACUUUACCCUCUCUUACAAUCAUUAGGAAAACAGUGAAUAGAAAGAGUGUUCUGCAGGAGCGCAACACUGUUGAGAAUGUGUACAGAUGGGCUUUUGUCAUAUUUUUAUUUUGUCAUCAUACUAUAUACAGGAUGCUUACUCUUGACGAUGAAUCUGCUGAAAGGAAGCUUGCUCACAAAUUCAGACUGGUUCACAUUCCAAGACGACAGAUUCAACAACACAACGAUCAAAGACAUGAACAUGAACGGAAACUCAAAUGCCAACAAUAGCAGCAGCGACGAUGAAGUAAUGGUUGGAGAAGAAGACAAUAAUGAUCUAACCGAGAAACCAAAGAACAUCAAUUUAUCAACAAGCAUCAGCACUUCGGAGAACAACAACGUACCAUCUGAACCCAUCCAUCGAUGUAUGAAAUCACCUCCUGCUUCUGCUGGGGUACGAGCAUUGUUUGAAGAGGAUGUGGAGUUUGUGGGAGUGGAAGCACAAGGGACAGAGAAAUCAAUGGAGCAAGCUUUGAAAGAAGGUAUAGUCGGUGAAGCGGAACAUUGUUCAGGAAAACUUAAACCAGGCAGAGACUUCGGGAGUAACAGAGUUCAGUGAUACAAAUUUUUGGAGGGUUGAUCAACAAGUUACAGUUUUGGAGUAAAAUAUACGAAAUUGUAAUAAAUAACUACAGAAGCCUGAAUAAAGUCUGCAUUUUUUCUAAUAGUUU